UGUAAGAGAAGAUAUGAGGCUGGGACAUCUUCAUCUUACUCAAAUUUUAAACAGAUGAAGUUUGAAGAAACAAAGCAGGUGUCUCAAAAAUCUGUUGACAAUGCUAUACUCAACUUCAUAGUUCAAGGUCUCCAGCCCUUUUCUCUUGUUGAACAGCCUUCGUUCCAAAACCUUGUUCGGGAUUUACAACAAAACAGCACAGUCAUGUCUCGAACUACUGUGCGGCGCAAGAUUGAUUCAGCCAUAAUAACAAAAAAGAGCAGGUGAAAGAAGCAAUGAGGAAGGCUGCAUACAUUGCCACAACAACUGAUUGUUGGACUGCAAGGAGGAGGAGUUUUAUUGGCAUUACGGCACACUGGCUGGAUCCUUGCAGUUUUGAGAGGCAUUCUGUUGCUCUUGCAUUCAAACAGUUGAAGGGCUCACAUACAUUUGAUCUCUUGGCAUGUGCAAUGCAUGACAUACACACAGAAUAUGGAAUCUGUGCAAAAAUUGUCAGAACCACAACAGACAAUGGUUCAAAUUUUAUUAAGGCAUUUCAUGUGUUUGGACCAGAUGAAAACAACAAUGUCACUACUGAAGAGGUAACUGAGAAAGUAACAACUCAAGAAGAAGGAGAAGAUGAUGACCCUGGUGAGAUGGAAGUGGAAUUCAUUGAUGUUGCAGCCAUUUUGGAUGAGGAUGAUGGCCUUCAGUACCAACUGCCAAAGCAUCACCGGUGCGCUUGCCAUUUGCUCAAUUUGGUUUCUACGGUGGAUGUCAAUAAUGCAAAUAGGUCAGAGUCUUACAAGAAACUGUCAAGGUCAUCCUUCUCUAAGUGUCAGGCUCUCUGGAACAAGACUUCAAGGUCCACUAUUGCUGCAGAGGUUGUUGAAGAGCACUGUAAGCUGCAGCUCUUACAGCCUAAUGCAACAAGAUGGAACUCCUUUUAUUUGGCUGUGGAGCGUAUUGUGAGAAUCCUUAAAGAUCAAGGAGAAGGGGCAAUGAGAGCUGUCUGUGCUGCACUCAAAGUUCCUAUGUACAGUCCAGCAGAAAUGGCCUUUUUGGGAGAAUAUACCACCACUAUGAAUCCCGUUGCGAAGGCAACAAACAUAUUACAAGGAGAUUCCAACAUUCAGAUGGGAUGGCUUCUCCCUACUAUUACCACCCUCAUAACAAAACUUGAGAAAACAAGAGCAUCGCUGAGAUUUUGCAAGCCACUGGUUGAUGCCCUCUUAGAUGGUCUGACAAAACGGUUUGGGAACAUGAUGUCUGAUCCCGAGCUAGUUGCUGCAGCCAUUAUUCAUCCAAAGUUCAAAACAUCCUGGACCAGUGAUGAAGACAUCCUCAGACUUGGCCUCCAUUACAUCAAGGAAAAUCUUCCUCAUCAUGAUGAGAGUCUUCAGCCUGUUGACAACUCCUCAAGCACUUCAGAUGAAGAGGAUUUCUUCUCUAAUAUCAAGCAUGCACGCACACAGGAGACAUCCAAACAACUGGAUGCAUACCUAUCAGGAACAGCUGAAGGAGAGCAUCAACCCUUAAUUGACAUGAGGAAAACAUCAUUGAAAAGUGUUCAGCGAUUGCAGCAGAGGAAGCAUUAGGAAAGAGGAGACGAGAGAAAGUGAGACGGCACUCAACAGAUGUUGGAAAAUGCACUGGUAACAACUAAAAUAAAGAAAACCAAAAAUAUAAUUCAACAGAGGAUGAUGGCUGUGGUGAAACAAGCACUCAAAUAAUGAAACUAAGACCAGUGGGAGUGCUGGAGAAAUCAAGUGUAUAAGUCCUCUGUCGUCUCAGCCAUGGAAGAGAUCUUCAGACAUGAAGAGAUCGAGGAGUUAAAUGAAGUCAAAGAGCUAAAAGAAGAUCUACAAUAUUAGUGCCAUUUCAGCAUGAAAACAGAGAGAGAGCUGAGGCAGUGGAAAGACUACAUCAGAAAUAGUAUUUCCACAUCUGAGAUGAAGGCAGUCAUAAGAACCAAGCAGAACGAUGAGGAUAAGCUCUUCAGAAAAUGAAACCUGUCUGAAUAAUGCGGGAAGAAAUGUGCAUGAUUGUGUGAUUUGUAAAUAAACACUAAAUACAUUUAGUGUAAC